UGUCUCAGCUAGAAGAGACAGUCAUGAGUGAGAUGAAGAGGUUGUUUGAUGAUGAGCUGAAGAGGAUUCAGCAGUAUGCAGUGGAUGUUAUUCUGGACCCUGAUACAGCAAGCCCCUGGCUCAUUCUGUCUAAGAAUGGGAAAGAAGUGAGAACUGGAGAAAAAAAACAGAAGCUCCCUGAUAACCCAAAGAGGUUUGAUUCUGCCGUUAAUGUCUUGGGAAAGAAAGGCUUCUCCUCAGGGAGAUUCUACUAUGAGGUAACUGUUACAGGGAAGACUGAGUGGAAUUUAGGAGUGGCCAGAGAGUCUAUCAACAGAAAGGGGAGUGUCGCAUUAAGCCCUGAUAAUGGACGCUGGGCAGUGAUCCUGAGGGAUGGGAGUAAGUACAUAGCUUGUGCCCCGACCCGUGUCCACCUCUGCAUGAGAGAGAAGCCCCAGAAGGUGGGGGUGUUUGUGGAUUAUGAGGAGGGUCAGGUCUCAUUUUAUGAUGUGGAGGUCAGGUCUCAUAUCUACUCUUUCACUGGCUACACCUUCACUGAGAAACUAUAUCCAUACUUCAGCCCUUUGCUCAAUGAUGGUGGUAAAAACUCUGCCCCUCUGAUCAUCUCUCCUGUCAAUCACACAGACUGAGUUUGAACCUGAAAUUGACCU